CACAGUGAGGACCCGCAACCCCAGCAAGUCCAACAAAUAUGACCCACAAUCAAACAAUUCAAUAGGUGAGCCGUCCACUGGCAACGCCGAACAAUUCAGGAGGCAUCUCACACAACUACUAGCCUAGCUCCUGAAUUCAACCGCUCGUAGAAUCAGUACCUUUUAUUAAUCCCGGAAACUCUGAGUUGGUAGGUAUUGUUGGUUUCCUUUAACCUGUACUGGGUGUACAGCAUUGCUACUCCACCUAGAAAAGGACAAUGCCGACUCACUCUCUGCUGCCGUUUGUGGAGAGCCCAGAUGGACUUGCCCAAGACAUUUUGAUAAGUAAUAGUGCAAGCAUUCCAGGGCCUGGCUCAAGUAUGACACCUCAUAGCACCUAUUUCGAGAAGGCUGUGUUGCAGUCUGGAGGAAGUGAAUCAGUAUCUUGUAUGUUCUGUGACCAGACCUUUUCCGAUCAGGAUGAUCUAGGACCCCAUGUAUUAGAACAGCACCCUUCCACUUUCUUUGAACCAGCUGUGCUUCGAAUUGAAGGAGAAUUCAGAAUUCCAGGAGAGAGAGGUCGACCUAAAUCAAGUAGCCUUCCUGCUGAAAAGGAGGUUCACAGCUGUAUUGUGUGUGGUCAGGUAUCACAAGAUGCAGGUGAGCUAGAGACACACAUGAGGAAGCACAAAGACUAUUUUACUUACUGCUGCAAUGUCUGUGGACGGCGGUUUAGAGAGUCAUGGUUCUUAAAGAACCACAUGAAGAUGCAUGUAAAGUCAGGAGCAAAGAGCAAAGCCCAGCAAGAAUUAGAAACACCAGUUACCAUCAAUGGAGUUGUUCAAGACCCUGCAGUAGAGCCUGUACCCACCGUUUACAAAAUGUGCAUGGUUUGUGGGUUUUUCUUCCCUGACCAUGAAUCUUUGGUAGAACAUAGUAAGGUACAUAAUCGAGAGGUGGAGCCUGACAAAGAUGGACACAAGGAGAACAUGGAUGCCACUACUGAACCUCUGAAACAGGAAACAUUUCUUCAUGGUUUAAAUCUUCUGCCCUGCUCAGCAGAUAGUAUAUUACAGCCUACGAGAUCCUCAAAAUGGAUUCCCCAGUUAGAUCCAUUCAACACAUAUCAAGCAUGGCAACUCGCUACAAAGGGCAAAAUAGCAGUUGGACCUAAUAAUAUUAAAGACAUUGGACAAGACGCCAGCACUGACAAUGAAGACUGCAGUUCUGAUAAGGAAGAACUGAAUAAUAUUUGGUCUGAAGGCCAAGGAGACAAGGCUGCAAGGGAGGUUCUCGGGAAAGGCCUCCGCUCUCAGCAGCAGACAGCAGUAGGGAGCUUACAGCCAAUGCGCAGGUCUCUCAUACAGAAAGACAAGGACAAAGAAAGACCAACUACAUGUGAAGAAUGCCAGAGAACCUUCAGGACUUAUCACCAGUUGGUUCUCCACUCCAGAGUGCACAAGCGCGAUAGGGGUGGCGAGGAGAGUCCAACUUCCUCUGUUGAUGGGAAACUGUCAAGACCCAGCUCAGUGGACCAGACAGAGGAAGGCUCUGAGGAGGGAUUUGAGGAAGCUGCGAUGACAGAAAACCUGGCCUCUGGUGAAGAUGGUCUGGAUCGAUCCAAAGUUAGAUCCAAAGAAUGCAGUUACUGUGGCAAAUCAUUUCGCUCCAGCUACUACCUCACUGUUCAUCUGAGGACUCACACAGGGGAAAAACCCUUCAAGUGUGGUUACUGUGACUACGCUGCAGCUCAGAAGACUUCACUGAAAUACCACCUGGACCGGCGUCACAAGGACAAACCUUACAUGGAGAACCCCAGCAGACCUGUGCCUUUAGCACCCUCUCCUACAGACGUCAAGCAAGAAAAUAACAAUGAAAACCCCUCCCCAACUGGAUCCAAGCUCUGGGUUGGAGGCUCAUACACCAACGGGACAUCAGAAGACAGAUUUGAUAGCAAGCUUGGCAAAUCGCUCAUCCAGAUGAACACAGAGUAUGAGAAAUUAAUUGCUAAGUCUGCUGAUGAUGUGCACAUAAAAUUCCCCGCACCUGUUAACCUGAAGGUGGAAAAGGAAGAGAUAAAAGACGAGAACGCUGAGGCCCCAUUAAAUUUGUCCUUAAAAGUGUCUCUCUCCAUUCCUGCAGAACCUAGAAAUGCAUUAAUUCCAACUGCCUGUUCACUGUGCGCAUAUAAAACCAUGUACCCGGAGGUUCUGAUGAUACACAAAAAGCUGACUCACAAAGACAAGUCAGACACUGCCAAAAAGAGCAGUUUUGGUAGUGCGAGACAGAAACGUCACACAGGCUGCCCCCCUGCCCUCGAUGGGAAAGAUGUAACCCCGCUGCCCAUGAUUAAUAGAAGCCACCCUCGUCGAACCAAGUCCCCGCCCCCUUUACCUGCAAAACCACAGGAGAAGACACUUCCCAGUAACACAAACCCUGGACCUAAAAGAUCCCCUAUGUGUGCACCUUUACGUAAUGUUGUCCCGGAUACAAAGCGAUAUAGACAGACCAUUGAUCCACAUCCAAGCCAAGAAGCUUCAAGGUAUACAGAGCUCAUGAGGAAAUCCAACACAGGCAGCAAGUAUGUAAUGGACAGACCAGCCCCUCCAGAUAGAGUGGGAAUUGGUGAAAGGAGUUACCCAGUGAGAAGCGGUGUUAUUUGGCACUCGGACGCCACCAGGCUGUGUUUGUCAAGCCGAUUUGGGAGCCUCCCUCAGAUGGAUUUUGGUGAAACCUCCAGCAAGAGAUUAAAGUACACCAUGCCCCUAAGCAGGGAAGCUGAAACCAGCGAGAAGCCCGGCUUUAGAGUGGCGACAGGGGACGGAUCGACCAGGAUGCUUAUCUCAGGGAGAAGUGUGAAAAGUGCAGCACAAGCCUCGUGUCCAUCUGAGGUUUUGGGUCCAGUAAAGAACACUCCCACUGCUAUGGGUGGAAGUUUGGACCCGGAGUGGAUGAACUUGCUGCGCUCUUGUACACCCAGUGACCUGGCAACUCUGUAUCACAGCACACCAGCAACCCCUGGUCAUGGAGGUCUGGGCAACCAAAGAGCAGGGGGCAGAACUAUGCUGUACCAACACUUGCCAACUCUGCCCAACCUACAGAGGAGAGAAGCAUCAGGCCCAUUCCCUAAUCAACGCUAUGGGACCACUGACAAAAAUACCUGAAGUGGCUUAAGGUAAAAAGGUUGAAAUAUUAGGACUUUUCUUUUUUGGAUUUUCAACCUCUAACACAACCUUUGACAACUUUUGCCUGGUACUUUAUAUGAAUCCACCCAUGUUAAGAAAUGCAAAAAUCUUUUUCUCUGUCUAGAGUCAAACUGAGCUGCUACCUUAUUUAGUAGAACAUAUUGUAAAAUGAGUUUAAUGUACAGAUUAAUAAGAGAGAUGGUUUAUGCUCAAAGUGUCUAGGCUCCCUAAUUUCAUUUUCCAAUACGAGAAAAAGUGUGUUGCAUAGACAUUUCAGGGCUUUGGCAUUCAUUUUACAUAUUUUCUUUGAAUAAAAGAUUAGAAGAUUAUCGCUUCUCAAAUGUAUUCCUCCACCGAUCUGCACUGUGAUAACUUUUCACGAACGGUUACUUAUCCAUAUUUGACCCACACUAAUGUUAAGAGGAUGUAAAAGUAAAAAGUGUAUGUGGGAUAACAAAUGUGUUAGCUUUAGGUGCAUAAAAUUAUAUUAAGUAAAACUGUUAGAUAAAAAAAAAUACAAAAAAGGAAAAAAAAAAUUUGUGUUACAUUUGCUGCUCUGUUCUUGUUGACAUACAGGCUGCGGUUCAGCAUUAUUCUACCUUUUUCCUUUUCCAAAGCACUGAAGGGGUGGGAUUUUCAGUCAAAGAACUUGAUGGCUUUGACCCAUUUGGUUAAUAAACAGGCCAUAGUAACAAGUGCUGUGCAUGUGGAAGUGGUCUACCUCAUGUUGUGCUCUACACACUGUUAUUUUUGUAGAGCUGCUGUAAAUAUCAUGUCAGCUGAGCCUGCACACCUAGUCACCUACUGACAAGUGACAGAUAUUUUAAGUUGGAGUUCUACAUCUAGAUAGAUAUGUUUGUCAGGUAACCUGGGAGUCGACGUUAUGUAAACUUUUGCUCUUCUGCUGAGGCCAUUAUCCAACCUGUGGUACACAACUUGUAACAUAAUUUGGGUUUGUCGUAUAUGAUAUGCUUGUAUUAAGUCGACUUUUAAACACAGAACUGAUUGUGAGCAUUGUUCUUCUGAAGUGGCGACAGAAAGGCCUGAAAUCAAUCAGCCAUUAAAUGUGGUAAAUUUCACAGAGUUCUGUUGACGUGUUAAACCGUCACGUUGUAUUUUGAUGGAACAUUUAGUCACUGUUCAGUUUGCUUUUCAUACGCAGAGUCUGAAAAGUGGGAUUUUUGUUUCAAGAGGCAGGACACAGCCAUGGCUGGUCAUCAAGUAGCCUUUUCUGUGUCACAUGAUUUAAAAAAAAAAAAAAAAGGAUAAUAAUAAAAUAGCUGUGUUGAUGAGUUGCUCAAUUAAUUGUACACUGUGAACAAAAACUGUCUCAGGUUAUUCAUUUACAAGCUAUUUAGUCUACUGUGUAAUUUAACAUUUUCUGCAACUUUGAGAGGUUUGGGUUAAGUUAUUUCUUUUUUGUUGUCGAUUUGGUAUUCACACAAUGUGUACUUUAUGUAAAGAUGAAAAUAUUGUUUGAGACUUGUAUGACACAUUUCAAUAAUAAAAUGGGAAGAAGAA